GAUGGGAUAAACAUUCCUACGGGUACCACGGUGACGAUGGGCACUCCUUCUGUUCUUCGGGGACAGGACAGCCCUACGGCCCCACCUUCACCACUGGAGAUGUGAUCGGCUGCUGUGUCAACCUCAUCAACAAUACCUGCUUUUACACAAAAAAUGGCCACAGUUUAGGUAUAGCCUUUACAGACCUCCCUUCAAAUCUCUACCCUACGGUGGGUCUCCAGACUCCAGGAGAGAUAGUCGACGCCAACUUUGGGCAGCAGCCCUUUGUGUUCGACAUUGAGGACUACAUGCGGGAGUGGCGAGCGAAGAUUCAGAGCACCAUUAAGCGGUUUCCCAUAGGAGACAGACUAGGCGAGUGGCAAGCCAUGCUGCAGAAGUAA